AUGACUGGUUGCGAAUUUGUUUUUGGCGAACUAGACAUGUGUUCUCACGUUCGUCUUGCUCCAACAGCAAGAUGUUCGUGAACGCAGUGGCAUACAGGGCCAAAGAGUCAGCGUAGUUCAGAAGAAGAAGAAGAUGAUGAUGCUGCCGCUGCUGCUGCUGCUGCUGAUGAUGAUGAUGAUGAUGAUGAUGAUGAUGACGACGACGAUGAUGAUGAUGAUGAUGAUGAUGAUGAUGAUGAUGAUGAUGAUGAUGAUGAUGAUGAUGAUGAUGAUGAUGAUGAUGAUGAUGAUGAUGCGAUCACUGGAUCAAAGAGUUUACUGGCCCGACGUUUUGGAUUCUCACUCGAACCCAUCACCAGAGCCAGUCGCAUACAAGGGUAG